AUGUCCCCGAUGGCCCCGCCGAGCUCGCAGCCGCCUACCGCAGCUGGCAUCGCACCCGCCGCGAGCACCGUGAACAACGACGCCUGGCUCAGUGAGAUCUACCUCGGCACGCCCGACGCGCAGCCCGUCUCCGUGAGGAUCGACUCCGGCGUCUCAGACUUCUGGCUCUUCUCCACCGACACCCAAUUCCCAAAGUCCAUCGCGACGGCCAGCAGACCAAACCUCUACGACCCCUCAAAGUCACGAGCAAGCCAAGAACUCUCAGACUUCAGCUGGAACCUCACAGAUGACGACACCAGUAGCGUCUCGGGAAAGGUCUACUUCGACAACCUCCGCAUCGGCGGGCUCACCGACCAAAACUGGUUCAACAUCACAAACGCAACCAUCCAGUCCGCCGUCGACGUCACCGGCCACUUCGCAGUCGACCAGACUGGCCUCGGCGGCGUCCUCGGCAUCGCAAAGGCCGGCACCUCCUCAGUCCAGCCCGCCAUGCCCACCAUGAUGGACCGCCUCAAGCAGGACCUGCACUACCCGUCCAUCUGUGCCGACCUGCGCCACAACUCCUCCCUCGGCUUCUUCGACUUCGGUUCCGGCCGCAGCGGCGACAGCGCCGCCCUCGUCAACGAGCCGCCCGUCCCCGGGUCGCCGCACUGGGACUUCAAGGUCGCCCGCUUCCGCCUGACGUCCAUGGCCGACGGCGUGUGGUGGAGCGCGCCCUUCUCCGCGACCGUCGACACGGGGAGCAACCUGCUCCUCAUCCCGGGACAGCUCGUCGCCUUGUACUACGCCGAAAUCCCCGGCGCGACAUUCGAUCCGAGUCUGAGGGCCUGGCUAUUCCCCUGCAACAUUGCGUCCGGCAUUCCGGAUUUCGAGUUCGCUACCAGCGGGGGGUUCAACGGGACGUUACCAAAGGAGUACAUCAACCUUGGUCCGGUUUCGAGUAAUGACGGCAAGUGCUUCGGUGGUAUUCAGCCGAGUGGCAACGACCAUGGCAUCUUUGGCGGAGUGGUCUUGAAGACGAUUUAUGUUCAGUUCAACUUUGGCGACACGGGAAGCUUCGUUAGUUUCGGACCGAAGGGACUCGAUGUGUGUUCUUUGACCAAUACCUGCAAGCUGUAA